GGGACCUUGAGGAGUUCCGUAACCAAAAGGACAAAGUAACAACAGCCAGUGGAGACAAAAAGAACUGCUUCUCUUUCUUUCCCCCUCCAACUUCCUAGUGGAGGGCUGAGCCCAGCAUCCCAGACUUGUGUGACUAUAUAGGCAAACAUCUGGAGACCUACUUCACUUUGACACCCUAGCCUUCGGCGGCUCAAGGUGUUGGCCUUUGGAUAGGAAGCUUCCAAUAGUAAAGCUCCCUGCUCUCAGCAAGCCCAACACCAUGGGGAAGGGAGAUGUCGUAGAGGCAGCACCGACCACCACAGCCUACCACUCCAUCAUGGAUGAAUAUGGUUAUGAGGUGGGCAAGGUCAUUGGCAAUGGCUCCUAUGGGACAGUAUAUGAGGCUUUCUACACAAAGCAGAAGGUCAUGGUGGCAGUCAAGAUCAUAUCAAAGAAGAAGGCCUCUGAUGACUAUCUUAACAAGUUCCUGCCCCGUGAGAUACAGGUAAUGAAAGUCUUGCGGCACAAGUACCUCAUCAACUUCUAUCAGGCCAUUGAGACCACAUCUCGAGUAUACAUCAUUCUGGAGCUGGCUCAGGGUGGUGACGUCCUUGAAUGGAUCCAGCGCUACGGGGCCUGCUCUGAGCCCCUUGCUGGCAAGUGGUUCUCCCAGCUGACCCUGGGCAUUGCCUACCUGCACGGCAAGAGCAUCGUGCACCGCCUGAUGCCCAGCCUUUCUGCUGCUGGUAGGGACUUAAAGUUGGAGAAUCUGUUGCUGGACAAGCGGGAGAAUGUGAAGAUAUCAGACUUUGGCUUCGCCAAGAUGGUGCCUUCUAACCAGCCUGUGGGUCGUAGCUCUUCUUACCGCCAAGUGAACUGCUUUUCCCACCUCAGCCAGACUUACUGUGGCAGCUUUGCUUAUGCUUGCCCGGAGAUCUUACUAGGCUUGCCCUACAACCCUUUCCUGUCUGACACCUGGAGCAUGGGCGUCAUCCUUUACACUCUAAUGGUCGCCCGUCUGCCCUUUGAUGACACCAAUCUGAAAAAGCUGCUGAGAGAGACUCAGAAGGAGGUCACUUUCCCAGCUAACCAUACCAUCUCCCAGGAGUGCAAGAACCUGAUCCUCCAGAUGCUACACCAAGCCACUAAGCGUGCCACCAUUCUGGACAUCAUCAAGGAUCCCUGGGUGCUCAAGUUCCAGCAUGAACAACCCACCCAUGAGAUCAGGCUCCUAGAGACCAUGUGCCAGCUCCACAACACCACUAAACAUCACCAAUCCUUGGAAAUUACGACCUGAAAAUGGCUGAAGGAGGGGGCUAAGAGAGGAGCAAGCAGGAGGUCUUGGGCCAAAAAUCUUUUAUACCAAAAAUAAAUCUAAGUCUGAUUUAGUUUUAUCA